AGUGAUACCUGGUACUGCUCCGAACUGUUACAGGUGAUAGUACAUCCUUCCAAGGAGUAACAGCGGGUCAUGGCAGGCAGUGAAGCCGAGCCCCGGCGGCACGAUUUUGCGGGGAUUACGUUGCCAGCAUGGAAACGAGACAUUCUAGAGCGGCGAAAAGCUAAGGGAACGAGUCCCGGUGGUGGUGGUAGCAAGAGAGAGAAGCCCGGUUCCCCCAGCCGGGAAAGAGGAUCUGAUACUUUGUAUGGCAGCAGAGGCAGGACAAACUCUCCCGGGCCCCGGCGCACUGUUAAUUCUGGUCACCACUACAAAGACAUUUCUUUACGUAGUACCGGACGGCAGCCUAGUCCUAACUCUCCUCAGCUCAGAUCUGUUAGUCCCAGCUCUGCUCUUCGCAGAACUGGUAGUCCCGGGAGGCCACUGAGCUCCAGCUCUGUCCUUCGUAGAUCUGGUAGCCCGGGGAGACCUCUGAGCCCCAGUUCCCCACGUCGAAGAUCAGCUAGUCCCGGACGCCCACUUAGUCCCAGCUCCGCUCAUCGCAGAUCAAGUAGUCCGGGACGGUCAUUGAGUCCAAGUUCUCCACGAAGUCCGCUCAGUCCCAGCUCCCUUUUUUUGCUUGGGGAUCGAAUAGAUGCUGGGGAGAGCCUUGUCCUGCAGGAGAGCAUUGGACCAAUCCAGGAAAACCUUUUUAUUAAGUUAGAAAAGGAGAGAAGGCGCCAGCAACAGGAGGCGAAGGAUAAUGGUGGUCCCGUUCAGCACCUUAUCGAGCUGUACGGCAAUGUCCCAGGCAUCAGAACUAUUAGGGCAGACAAUAUCAUUAUUAUUGAGUCGGAUCCUCAGUUUUUCCAGGAUAGAAGGGACUCUUGGAAUCUCAAAAAUGGGGACAUAAACACCAUCAAUUCCUUGAAUCAACUGCUGGCCAGAAGGGGGAGCAAAGUGGCUGAGAUCAGAGCUUCAGAGGUAAUAAUCUGUGAGCCAUCUUUAGAUCAAAGUGAGCAUGAAUUUACCAUUUUUGGUGCUGAGGACGGCAUACCUCAUUCCAAUGGCCUUGAUUCGUGGGGGUCCCAUGGUAUAGUGAGUAGAUUACUUGAAAAAUUUGACGGUACUGUUUCUAAGUCAGUGAAGUCUAGAAGUACAGAGAAUCUGAUUCUAGAUAAGGGUGAUUUGUUGCACAGAAACACAGAAGAUAAAUCCCCUACAUUGCCAAAAUCCCCUACUACUGUGGUGGGUCAUCAGCGUGGCCAAGCUGCCAUAGGCAUAACCACUAAUGUAAAUGGUGACAGCAGUUUUCAGUUUCAUAACAGUACUAAUGGCUUUACUGCCAAGAACUCUGAGCUGUCACCCUCUAAAACUAGCUGUCAUAAUACUAGUCGCUCUGUAAUGGAUUCCCCCAUAUGCCUGCCAUCUGAAAAAAACAUACCUUCUAGUUCCUCAGCAGUGAUUACAGAGCCACCAACACCUGAAAACGCCCUCUCCAAAGAACGUGAAUUUAGCAAUGUGUCAGUGUCUUCAUUUAGAAAAAGGUUGGAAAAUUACCCUGCUUCUAAUAAUCAGAAAGAGCAAAAGAAAGAUUUUACAAGAAAUGUUGGGGGAAGUACAUUUACAGUUAACCCUAGAGCAAAAGAUGGUGGACACUUCAAAAUGAUCAGUUCAGAAAAAGUUCCCUUGAAAGAUAACAAAACCCUUUUCAAUGGGCAAAUCAUUCAUUCGGAGUUAGACCUGAUAUCAGCUGAUGCCAUUAUGAUACAAGAGGUCACGUCCGAAGCAGGUAAGGAGGAAAGAGCAAGUCUUGUCAAUGGGAUUGACAGUGAAAGUAGACAGGUGCCAUCUGCAGUAAGUGCUUCCAGUAAAGAAAUGUUUGAUCGAGCCAGUGAACGAAGGCCAAAGUCCAAGGUGGACACAGUAAAGCCAUCACACUCAUCAUCUGGGUCAUUACCAGGUUUACCCAAAAAUGAUUCUAAGGGUCUCAGAUCUAGUGCCACUCAACCUGUCACUCCAAAACCUAGUCAGAAUGAUGGUUCCAUCAGUGCCACUCCAAACCAGUUAAAGGCUGUGUCUGCAUCCACCAGUCUUAACGACUCAUUUCAAAUUAAGCCUGCUCCAAAACCAGAUAUUGCUUCAAUUCCUGAUGAUGACAUUCAGGCAAAAGCUUUAGCCAAUAUCAAGGCACAGUCAAGAAACUCUUUUGUAGUUGUACCCAAAAAACGACCUGUUCCUUCAUUGCUGUUGCAGGAUGAUGAGACUGAAAGAGAAACUCCUCAAAAGCCAAAAAAGAAGGAUACUGGUUUUACAACACUGCACAAUACAUCAUUGCCCUAUGAUGUGCUCAGUCAGUCAUCUGCUCACUCUUCAAACGAAGGAUCUCAUUCUACCCUGAAGUCUGUGCUCCAAAGGAGUGAUUUGGCUGAUGGAAAGGGGAAGGCUGAGGUGAACAUUUCUGCCACCAGUCCUACCAGUGUGCAAUCAAAUGGGGAUUAUAUCCAUCUGCACCCUAAUGUGGAUAGAUCGCCUCUUAUUUCUGAUGAUCCAGAGUUUUUCCGAAGAGCUAAAGAAGAGAAAGACGGCCCACGGUUACUGGUUAUGGGCAUUAGUACUGAGAUUUCCAGACUGGAAGAAGAUCUUCCUGUCACUAAUAUUGAUGACAUUGUUGAAACAAGUGGCAGAGAAGUAAACAAUUCAGAAGUGCAAUUAAAAGAACCUUCUAGUUCACUGUCUAGACCACAGUAUAGAGACUCUGGUGGUCCCAGUUCUGUUUUUCAGCGGAAAAAUGAAAGUACUUUUACUGUUUUACCCAACAAAAAGUCUCUAGACUGGGAGCAGAGAACCAGUGUCAUUCUUAAGGGUACAGAAUCUGAAGGAGAGCCCACAUCUCCACCAGGGAAGGAAUCUGUGGCACCUUUUCGGGAGAUUGGCAUGCUGCUGAAAAAACGUUAUCCAGGUGUUGAUGAAAUUGAAGUGAUUGGAGGCUAUAUGUCUCUGGGAAAAUCAUGUCUCUACAAGACUGGAUCCACAAGGAAGAAGAUGAAGAUUUCUUUUAAUGAUGGUCUUCUAAAAACCUUUGAAUAUCCACCAGAAAGUUCACUAACGGAGGAUAGUCAGGAAGAAGAGGAAGAGGAGGCACAUGAGUCAGGAAAUGAAGCAGAAGAAGAAGAUGAAGAGAAACCUACAUUACUUUUCAUCCCUCGUCCAAGAUACCUGAGCUCCCCUAUGGUCAGCGCAACACUGCGACCUCAUACAGUAAAUGCAGGUUUGUCAAGUUAUACCCCAAAACACUCCGUGGAGUUCAGUACAUGGCAGGAGCAGAAGUAUGAAGAAAAGGUUGCCAACUGGAGAACAUCACAAGAGCCUCCAAGCCAGCAGGACUCAAUGCUCACUCCAGCAGACAGCAGUUCCCUUUCAGACUACAGCAGUGAGCCCGCAUUGUACUUUUAAUCUGUAUGAAAGUACUUCUGACUUUGCACUUCGUGUUAUUUACAACAUAUAUACAUUCUUUUGCACUGAAUUGUAGUCAAUCCUGUUGACUUCAUCUUGAGUCGACUGUCUCUCCGAAGAAUCGCUGUGCAAGUAACAGUGUUCAAAUUAAAAAUUCCAAGUCUGGAGCAUAGUUGUAACUGGUGACUUGGAUCAACUUUCCUAAGACACUGCAACAGUGGUGACUGUAAAUUAACAUUCCAAACUGCCAUGGUGCAGUGCACCAGUUAAGGCAUUAUUCAUUUACAUGGACACAAAGCUACAUCACUGACUCUAAAAAUCAUCAUUUCUGUGUCUUGAAAUUAUGGCUACAGAAUUACCGUCCUAUGACACUGCCCAGUUAUUGACUCUGUAAAUUAACUAAUCGACCUUGGGGCAAUUUGCAUCUUUCCAGAUUGGUGUGUCUGCAUUCCAUCCGGUGAUACACGAGGAUGAUAUCGUAGUAAUCGUCACUGAGUUUCUGCGUACACUGCGCCAUUGUAGAUUACAGAUUAGGUACUUGAAGCUCUGAGGAAUGCUGUACUCCCUGCACCUAAAAAAAUACUGUGUUUGAAUUCUGGAAAACGUUUUACACUGUUAUAGGUGGUUCAUCAUAGACAAUCUGGAGUUCCAUGACGUUUUUUUCAAAGGAGGUGCCUUCACUUUUUUCAGUACAUCUUUCCAUAGUGCCAUAGUCUACACACACAUUCAGACACAGUGGUGAGAAUUCUGCCACUGUUUAAUGUAUAUAGCCUUUUUGCAACUGGGAGUAUUACAAAUAAUUUCUUUAUUACCUUGUCUAUUCCCACAAAAGUGUCUUUGUAAGUAUAGAAUGUCUGCUGGUAAUAUCUUUUCAAGUAGUGAUUAUAGAGUCACUCAUUUCUUAGAAAUGCAAGUUCACACAGGGAAGACUUCUCACAUUCUGAAAGCUUUAAGACAGUAGAUUGUUACUUCAGGUUUUACUGUAUUAAGAGCAACUUAAAUUAUUUUAUGUAUUGUUUAUAAUGGAAGGAGAUGAACUGUCGUACUCAUUUAAUUGCACUGAAUGUGAAAAUUAUACGUGGAAGUGGUGUGUGCUGUCAUGUACUUAUGAGAGGCAGACAUGGAAUCUGUGCUGUGCCUGACAAAGAGUACUCUGAAUGUGGAGCAUAGCGUGGAUUUACACUGUGGCAUGCACUCUUGUAAGACAAGUGGGUUUAUGUACUGUUGUGUUUAUGUGACAGACUUGGAAUCAUUCUGAAGAAUACAGUUAAGCCAUGUAAUGCAGUGAAUGUAGCAUGAAAAGUACAAAGGAGUGUUUAUGUGUUUACUUAACUGUGCAAAACACAGGCAUAUGGGCACACAUUUUCUGGGUAGUAACCUGUAGCACAGAAUGUUUAUGGCUUCUGAAAAGCAGUCUUGUUAAAAAAAUGAUAAAUGCUUUAAAACUUUAGACUGAAGUACUUUCAGAUUUGCUUGGUAGUGCCAAGGACAAGCUCAUAUAGAAUCUUCAUAUUCCAGUAAGUGCAGCAAAACUGUUCUGGUUUUCUGUAUACUGUGUAAUUGAGAGGUUCACAUUUAACUAUUGUAUGGAUUCAUUUUUUGCUGUAAUGGUAAGAAAGCCUGAGAAAGAUGCUUUGAGUGUGUGGAAUAUAUCUGUGAUAUGUACUAACUUCAGAUUUCAUUAUAUUGUAAGUGCAUAAGAUUUUACUGAAAGAUGUGUGUAAGGUGAUUCACAAGUCCAGCUUAACCCUUUGAAACACACCAUAAAUCAAAUCCUAGUUGCAGCAAGCUGUUUUCUACAGUAGCUGCUUAUUAUUAAUGGCACUCUAAAUGUUUACUAUGUUGAUCGUAUUUCAUCUGAAAUAACUAGUUUAGGUUGUCUGUAACACUUAGUAGCUCAUGAAUGAUGAGCCAAGCAAAAUGAGACCCAAAGUCAUUAACAUUUGGCUUGCACAUCUCCAUCCUGUACAGUGUAAAUAAAUAAGAAGUGUAGUGUUUUUGCACUCCGCACAUAAUGAAAGUGAUCAUUGAGGUGGUAGGUCUUAUACUGAUUAUAUAAUACUUGUCUUUUUUAAGACUAUUGGACAUGAGUGAUGGGAACAGUGUAACUUGGAAUGCUGUAUCAUUCUACAACAAUGAUGUAAUACCACAUUCUCUACCAGAAAGUUGUCUCUGAUAAGGCAUUUAUUAUACAAAUAAAGGCUGUAAGGUUUAACCUUCAGCUAGAAAAACAGGUGUGGAACUAAACAUAUUUUGUACUGACCUGGUGCAUGCAAAAAGUCCACACAGAAAACUGUGAAGGCACAUUAUUGAAUAAGCAUUGCACAUUUGUGGGAGGGGGGCUUCCUAAAGGGAAAUAAAAUGACCUACUAUUUGAUUACUAAGCAUGUGGAAGAGCCAUUAUACCAUGCAUUCUGUGUACAAUAUCUUUAUGGAAAAUAUGUUGUGGGGCUCAGGAGGGUCGUAAUGCAAAAGGCCUACGUUAAUGCACAAUGAGGCCUUGCAGGAUGGUUGUGUGUGGUCUCAGAGGGAGCAACACAACUGUGUGGAUGCAGCCGUCCAGUUUAAUUAAAAUGUUCUGAUAACACAUGCAAGGGAUAGCCUGUAUUUUACUUUGGGGAAUUGUGGGAUUGCUUAAAUUAUUGGCACUUUUGGCAUAUUUUAUGGGAGGGGAAAUAUGAAACCUUUGUAUUCCUCAUCUUUUAGUUCUCUCAGUUUGUCAGAAAAACUGGGGUGGGCGAGAAUAGGAGGUAUUUCUAAUGAUAGUAGCAGCAUCCGGUUGGCUUCUCCCAACCCUUUCAGCAUUAUAAUCUGUAGUUUUUAAGGCUUUACAAAGCAUAGUUGCCGAACAUUCCAUUUUCCCCUGAAAUGUAUCCACCAUGCAUGAAUGCAGCAGUGCCUUACAGGAGACUUCAUUUUAAGAACCUAGCUGCAUUUCAAGAAGAGGAUGGAAAGGUGGAUGGAUAGGCUGUCCCACUAAAAUGUUUCCCUUUAUUUGCAGCAUCAUUUCAUCUUAAAUGAAAAUAUAUCUCUUUAUGAAGAAUGAUGAACGAUAGAAGAUAUUUGAUACAGCUGGCACUGUACUAGAUGCUUAUUGUGGGGCGAAAACAUUAUUUUGCAGUAAAUUCUGCACUUAAUCUUGGAAUAAGCUGUAAAAGGUUCUGAUCAGAAUGGAGGUUUGACUGAAAAUCUGCCAGGGUUGGCUGUUGGGGCCAAAUGUUUUGCUUAUGUUAUCUAAAAAAUGCUGUAAUUAUAUAUAAUAUUUAUAUAUAACUGCUAAUAGAAAUACACUGUUGACAAAAUUAGUUCUUCAGCUUAUGUUUCCUAAUUAAAUGAUUUUCAUGAAACAUUUU